AUGGGGAAUUCCAGCAGUAUAUCGGCUGCUGCUGUCGAGGAGGCCAAAAUCCAGACUCACAUGACUGAUGAAGAAGUCCAAAGGCUCAAACGGAGAUUCCAGAAGUUUGUCGGAAAGCGAAACACUGAGGCAACUCUCGAAGAGUUUUCUUCCCUUCCAGAACUAUCCAAUAACCCAUACGUCCCUCGUCUUUUCGCGCUUAUGGACCUAGAUCGCAACGGGAAAAUCAACUUCUUAGAAUUCUGCCUUGGCAUGGGAAUGUAUCGCUCUUUGCGGAAAACGAGAGACGAAAAAAUACAGCUACUCAUGAAGCUUCAUGAUCGCGACAACGACGGAAAGCUUUCGAUUUCGGAAUUGACGGAUCUUCUGUCUGUUACUGCGGGAAAGAGUCUUUCUGCAGAGCUGCUGGGUCAGGUUGCCAGUUCUCUUCUUUCUGCGUACGAUGCCGAUAAGGAUGGUAGUUUGAGCAUUCAAGAGUUCUCCUCUCUUGUGGCAGCAACAGGAAUGAGCAAAAACCUCUGA